CAGGCUGGGGCUGGCGGGAGGAGCUGGAGCCCCGAGGAGAUGGGCACUCCCACCCAGGCGGGAGGCCGCACGGGAGGCUGAGGGUCCGUUCCCCGCAGGACGGCAGGGAUUUGCUGCCGGGAGAGGGCUGCUGCAGGCCGCCGGCAGCGGGGGGCGACCGGCGACUGAGGGAAGCGCGGCGGGGGCAGGAUGGCGGCGGCGGCCUGGCCGCGGGGACAAGGCUCCGCGACGCCGCCCAGCACCUUCCUGACAGGAGCCGGCGGCGGGGAGGCCUGAGCGCGGGGAGCGCCAAGCGCCGGCCCGGAGAGGGAGGGGAAGGGGGGAAGAUAAGACUUUUGUGCUGCAAGGAGGCGCAGCAAGCGGCCCGUCUGUGGUGAGGAGGAAUGAGUGCCACACCAGUGACAAGCUGUGGCUUGCCACCACCACCAGGGCCUGAACAAGAGGACCAAGAGUGCUCUGAGACACACAUGUCUGUUUUGUGGUAUGCAGGGCAGCUUGCAGUUGCUUACUAUGACACAGAAGAUUGCUCAGUCUAUUUCAUGCCUGACACACCUGAUAACGAAGACCUCAGGCUACUGCAUAAAGUGAUUGAGGAAGUUAAUCCUCAAAGCAUAGUGACCAGUGCAAAACAGGAUCAGAAUAUUGCCAAAUUCCUUACCAACCUAACAGCUACUGCUGGUGAUAAGGAUACAGGAAAACCAGAAAUCGUCCUGUUUCCUAACAUAGAUUUUGGCCUAGAAGUCAGCAAGCAACGGAUCCUAUCUAGGCAAUUUCCAUUUAUCCCAUCUCAUAUGACUACAACAGAGAAAAUUCUCUACUUGUCCUCAAUCAUCCCUUUUGAGAGCCCACUUGUGAUACGAGCCCUAGGGGGACUCCUUAAGUUUCUAGACAGGAGAAGGGUUGGAGUUGAGCUUGAAGAAAGCGCUAUUGCAGUCCCUAUUUUGGCCUUUAAAAAGUUUGUGCUAUCAGAUAUUGUGAACAUGGACCAAGACACUUACUGUGUCCUGCAGAUAUUUAAAAGUGACAUCCAUCCUUCUGUGUACAAGCUGUCCAGUGGAUUAAAAGAAGGAUUCAGUUUAUAUGGAAUUUUAAACCGUUGCAGGUGCAAAUGGGGAGAAAAACUGCUGAGGCUGUGGCUCACGCGACCUACUCGGAACUUGACAGAGCUGAACAAACGGCUAGAUGUUAUCCACUUCUUCCUGAUGGCUCAGAACCACGAAACAGUCCUCACUCUUCAAGGUUGCCUCAAGAAUAUUAAAAACGUGCCUCUUAUUCUAAAGAGAAUGACCCUUGCCCACACAAAAGUUAGCGACUGGCAAGCACUCUAUAAGACAGUGUACAGUGCAGUGUGCCUUAGAGACACAUGUCGUUCUCUGCCCAACACUAUUGAACUCUUCCAGACUAUUUCGCGUGUCUUCACUGAUGAUCUGCACUACAUUGCUAGUCUAAUCAGCAAAGUGGUGGACUUUGAAGGCAGCAUCUCAGAGAACCGCUUCACUGUUAGACCCAAUGUGGACCCCACCAUCGAUGAGAAGAAACGAAAGCUGAUGGGACUGUCAGACUUCCUUACAGAAGUGGCACGAAAAGAAUUGGAGAACUUGGACAAUCAAAUUCCCUCCUGUUGUGUGAUCUACAUUCCUUUGAUAGGGUUCCUCCUCUCUAUUCCACGGCUACCAACUAUGGUGGAUAAGAGUGACUUUGAAAUCAAAGGCUUGGACUUCAUGUUCUUGUCGGAGGAUAAGCUGCACUACAGAAGUGCUAGGACUAAGGAGUUAGACAGCCUGCUGGGUGACUUACACUGUGAGAUCAGAGACCAGGAAACACUUAUUAUGCACCAGCUGCAGACAAAGAUCUUGGAGAAGUCUGAAGUGCUUAACAGUGUGAUCGAGUAUACUGCACACCUAGAUGUGCUGCUAGCUUUGGCAGUGAUGGCCCGGGAGAAUGCCUACUGCCGGCCACACUUUACUCACCGCCAUGGCUUCCAUAUCAAGGAUGGAAGACAUCCACUCAUGGAACUAUGUGCAAAGACUUUUGUGGCCAAUCCUGUGAACAGUGGCGAGGCUGCCAGACGAAUAAAGAUCAUCACGGGGCCCAACUCAUCAGGAAAGAGCGUCUACUUAAAGCAAGUAGGUCUUAUAGUAUUCAUGGCUCUAAUCGGCAGUUACGUCCCUGCAGCAGAGGCAGAGAUUGGAGUAAUUGAUGGGAUUUACACACGAAUCCACAGCAGGGAAUCAGUUUCUGUAGGGCUCUCCACUUUCAUGAUUGAUCUUAACCAGGUUGCCAAGGCAGUAAACAACGCCACAGAGAGGUCCUUGGUACUUAUUGAUGAGUUUGGUAAAGGGACCAACACACUGGAUGGCCUGUCCCUUCUGGCUGCUGUCCUGAGGUACUGGAUCAGUCAAGGAACACAGUGUCCGCAGAUCUUUGUCUCCACUAAUUUUCACAGUUUAAUGCAGCUAGAACUCCUGCCUGACACACCUCUUCUGGAGUACCUGACCAUGGAGACCCACCAAGAUGGAGAUGAGUUGAUAUUUUUCUAUCAGAUCAAACAGGGCAUGUCCACUGUUAGUCAUGCUGCCAACAUUGCUGCAUUAGCAGGAAUGCCAGCCAAAAUUAUUGAAAGAGGGGUGGAAGUGUCAGAACUGAUUCGCAGUGGAAAAGCUAUCAAACGUAUUGAUCAUCCUUCAAAAGGAGAUCGGAUGGAAAACUGCAGGUCUGUUGUGGAAAAGUUUCUUCACCUAGACCUUGAUGAUCCCCAGGUAGACUUAGAAGAGUUCAUGCGUAAAGAGGUGCUGCCUUCUGCAGCCUCAGUCCUGUAAUGGGUAUGUGUAAAAGCACAGUUUACAUCAUAUCUACCAUGUUCAGUAGGAAAGUUUGGUAAUUUGGAGAACGAUCACUAUGACUAACACCUCACACUACAUUUAGCUUGUAGCAAACUGUCUAUAGUUAUGUCCUUUCUCUUUCUUGUUUGAAGUAAGUACUGUAGUUACAUAUCUCUGCAAUACAGUGAAUGAUAUGAAAGCAGGAAGACUGAAAGAAGAUAAUUCAAGAACCUCUUCCAGCUGUUGGGUCAUCCAGUUUGUGCAUAUUCUGCUCCUGUUGUUAGAUCUUCAGAUUAAAAAAAUACUGUAGAAAAAUCACAAACCAUUGCUUUCACAGUCUUAAGAGACCAGCAGAAAAGUGUUUAUUGUCUUGUAUUGUGCCGAAGUGAUCAUUUCAGACAUUUUAGGAUCAGCAUCAAAGUUUCCAAAUAAGUAUAUGCCUCAGGCUUGCAUAUCAGCAAGUAACAGUGGUCACAAUACAAACCACUGACAUAGAGCUGAUAAAUGGAAAUACAGAGGGAUUUAAUGAGCUCUGCCUCUUUUCUUAUACCAGCAUUUCUGUCCAAAAUGCUAGAGGUCAACAGGACUUCUAUAAAAAGAAUGCUGGAGGUCAGAAUCAGUGGGGACUGAUAAACAGGGGAAGUGCUUUAGUUUUACUGAGAAUCACUCUCUUCUCAUAAGGUUGUAUAUGGUACGACUAUGUAUCUAUGCCAUAUGGGUAUAAAUAAAAGCAAAAUUACAAAUCUAGGAAACUGAAAACACUAGGGAUGUAAGACAGAAAUUCACAUAUUAUAUUCUGUUCUUGAGUAUUGAGUAAAACUUAACACUAAAGGAAUAAUACCAGAGGGGGAGGAUUCCCAUUCACUUCUCUUGUUAUGCAGAGGAUCUUUCCUGAACACAGUAUUUGAUAUAUGCAUAUGCAACAAAAACUCAUUAACAGAUUAAUGAAGCAGGAGACAUAAUACAUAAGUAUUAUAGAAGUAACAACCUUUCCUGCAACAAGAUAAGUGCCUGAGAUUCCUUAUCUAAAUUAGACAGAAGAGACAUGGGAUAGCUUAUUGUCUGACUGCCAAAACUUGCUGUAACUGCUUGCAGGAUGGCUAAUAAAAGACAUCAACAGAUAUACUACAUCUGUCUUCAGUUAUAUUUUAUUUCAAGAAGCCAAAAAUAUUAGUCACAUAAAUUAAGAGAAAGUUUACAUGAGAAAAUGUAAUUACCUUCAUAAUUAUCAGUAUUAAACAUCUUAUCUGUUACGUCUAGCUGAAGAUAGCAAAAAGAUGAAUGUGAGCACACAUCAAAAAGAUUUUAAUUUGGAGGCACUGCUUUGGGUUUGAUUCAGUGUGGAAUUUCCUCCUUUAUGAUAGAAGAAUUAUCAUUACUAUUAUUACAAAAUAAGUACCUUAUGUUAUCUCUAUAGGAAACCAGGAUAGUGGCAAAAGUUUAACAUAAUUUACAUUAAAAAAUACAAGAAUAAAUUACUGAAUCAUGCAGUUACUGCUAUUUCCAGUGCAAUCAUAAUAAUACUGUCUGCAAAAUAAUACCUAGCAUCUUGACGAUGUUACCAUUGAAGUUGAAUGGUAACAGUGAAUCAGGCAUUGUACAACACUUGCAAGUGUUCCAAGUAAAAUAGAUUUUUCUCAUUAAUAUAUUCUCCUCUACUGAUGAUAAAUGCAGCAUUCUAAAGAUACACUGUACAGAAGAAUAAAAUGUAUUAAAUAUUCAUAAAUUAUAUUUCUGGCAUUUAAUCUUAUCAACCACUGUCUAGGCUAAGGGUAUAUUCCUUACUAAUUAAGCAGAUGCCAUCAGAGCAAUUUAGCUGUCAGUCAUCUUCUACUUAUGAAAUCCAUUUCACAGUAUUUGCAGUUCUGGCAGCACCAGGUAUCAAAGGAUCUCCAGAUGCCAUACAGCAUUUAUCAAGUGUGCCUCACAACAGGCUGUGAAACAAACAGCAGUCUGGACGAAUGAAAAGCAGAGGGGUUGUAACUGACCUGCGGCAACGUAGAGGGCUAGCGAGGGAAGCAGGAAUAGAAAUGUUAUCUUCAAGUGCAAAACUCCAGUUGCUCUUUCAUUGUGUUUCAUUAGGCUCUUUGUAUAGGAGAUAGCGAUACUGACUCAAGAUUCUUACCAUUCAAACAAUCAGUUGUGGAAAUAACUAAACACGUGCAAGUAAAUGAUAUCUAUCUCCUUCCCCAAGGACACAUAGAGCCCCGCUGCACCUCCUUCUUUUGGAGGAGUUUUCAGUGGCACAUUUGAACUCAGAAUUGUCCAACUGACCACGAAGAAUAAGUUGCUCCCACUUCUGAGUAGGUAAAUAAAUUCUUUAACCUGAGAAGCUGAAGGAGGUGCAGCAACCCAGAUAGCUCUUUUCUAAUGCGCUUUAUCUCACAUUUUUAUCCUUUAUUAAUGUCUGUUUCCAAGUUUUCUGUAUUUACCAUUUUUAUCUUAAUGCUGUGCCUUCAAAAUGGAAAGCUGAUUUCUUGAGCUCUUUAUUAAUUUUGAAUUCUCAAACUCUUUGCUUUGUAAUUAUCAGCAACAAUUUGGGAAAGUUAAAAUCUUUUCAGAAUAUGUGCAUUUCAAAAAUGCCUGGAGCUAUAUUAAGGUCUGAAAAACAGAUUGUUUUUUUUCUGCCCCCAAAAGAUAACUUCGGUGGAACUUAGACGUCAUUAUGAUGAGAGUGGCUUAACAGAGUAUUGCUUCCAGUACGGAAACUUACAUUUAAAAAAAAUAUUAAUAUAGUUACAAAGCUAUAGCUGUGAACUAUACUCAACUACUUUAAUUCUAUUUGGUCUUUUUUAUGCUUUUUCAUGUAAUUUUAAUCCACUCCCCCCUUCUUGUUUUUCAUACUGUUGUAUUAUCUGAAAAUGCAAUUAAAUGUUAUAAUAAAACAUACUACAAAAUAGUUAUUCCUUUUAUGUUUCAUGUUUUUAUUUAUUGUUUUCAGUAAAUGCAUGAAACUAUGUCACUAAAUACAUGGACACAAUGAAAGAAAAAAUGAUAGUAAAGACUGAUGCUUAUAAAAAUUCCUGAUAAAAUAAUUUACAGAUUUUUAAUACGUAGUGUCUUUCUAUACAGUGUAUCUUUAGAAUACCAUAUGCAUUAUCCAACAUUAUAGAGGACUAAGGAAGAAGGAAGAUGAUUUGGAAUGACAUUGACCUGGUUCUGUCAGCAGCAGUGAAUAUCAGAACACAGAAAGUAUGCAUCCUGGCUAAUAGUUCAUGCAAGGUAGAUCAAUGUAAACAACACAAUCAGCCAAAAAAACCCAACCAAAAAAACAGAAUGGCAAAAACCCCACCCUGAUUGUCUCAGGUGUUUUAACCAAACAGUUAAAUUACUGAACAGCUGGUAGUCCGGAAGAGCUGUGGGUUCUUAAAAUGAGUGUUUUAAAAAACAGCUGUUAAUACAAGCAAAAGCGUAUGUGAGCUUACAAAUUUCAUAGCUAUACCACCUACAAUCUGUGCACAAGCCCUUAUUUCUGUUCCAGAGCGAGUAAGAGUGCCCUUGAAAUUUCUUGAUGUAUCUCAAAUCUCACUGCCUUCUUUGAACUGAUUUCACAAUACUACUUUAUUAAAAUGUGCACCUUCAGCAUUUUUAGAGUUAUUUCUAAUUACAUUUUAAAGUGUUUUUCUUUAAUGCUUACUAUUAAGGAGAAAUCAACUUAAAAUAUUUAUAUUAUGUAUUUUCAUUCAUAUUUAAAAAUAUAUUGUUUCUGAAAGUUAUUUUCCUGGUCAAUUUUAAAGGAUCACGUAAAACAUUCUGUACAAUGUCAGCAAAAAAAAAAUUUAUGGAGACAUACCUUAUGUUAAAUAAUACAAUACUACUGUUAAAUUAGUAUGAAAUAAAAAACUAGAGGUACCAGUAUUGCUUCUAUAAAUUUAUCAUUACAUUUAUAACCUACUUUUAUGCAUUUGUGUAUUUUGACAAAAAAGCUGAUAAAUAGGCAAGAAAUAACUGCCUGCAAAAGAGAAUACAGAAGAUGUGUUUCAUUGCUACUCUGAAAUUCACCAAAGUAUAUUCAAUAGAGGGAUCUAACAGUCUGCAUAUUAUGCAUAAUCCAAAUACAAAUUCCACUGUUUAUUUGCUUAUUUUCUCCUAUAUGGUAGCAAACCAAAGCUAUCCAAACAAACUGCAUACAUAUAAUCUACAUCCUAAUAAUAAUUCUGUAAUUUUGAACAAGUACUUUCAUCAUUUGGUCUUGCACAAUUUUCAUGAAAGAGAACAGACAACAAUAUUGCUCCAUUGAAAAUAUCAAGAGUGGUAACUUAAAGUACAGUACAGGACUGCUGUCUAUGUGGACGAUGUACUCAUUAUCUUUUCUAAAAAAAACCCAGUAUUAUUAAGUCUUACCUCUUCAGCUGGUUACAGAGGAGAAAGUAUGAUGCUAUAGCAUAAGCAACUGCUUUGUUCAUCUCCAGAUUAAACUUUCUAUAUUGCUGCUGAGCUAUGUGAAAUGUGAGCUCACCUGCUUACGUAGCUGUGUUGAUUUUGACAACUUCAUGAAGGUCAGAUGUGGUUUAAAAGCUCUUUCUUCUCCUGCCAAGAUGCCCUUUUCUUGAAAUUUCUUCUUUAUAGUCUCUGAGUGGGGAGAAAAAUGCAGGGGUACAAAGGCAUUACAUGACAGAAUGCUUAAAAAUGUGCUUUCUACUGUAAUAUGAGUCACAGCCACGCCACAUGGAAAAAACAAGAUGAUAAAGCAAGUACUAAAAGGCAGAGAUUUCUAGUUAACUUCAAAGGUACAUAUUACUUCAUGUGAAAACAGUCUUAUAUUUGCAGGUAAUAUGGGUCACAAAUUUGGCUUUACUAAAAUAAUGGCAAUUAGAAAGCUAUCCAUGCUGUCUGCUUUUGCUAUCAAAAUAGGAACUUGACAUUAGAACUGCUCAGAGUUACUUCCACUGGAAGAGUUUUGGAAACUUCAGGAAAACUCGGAGUAUGAACAGAAUUGUCUUUCCUCAAAAACACUAUUCUGUGGUGAGUUCUAUUAUUUGUGUUUGGGAAAUCUCCUACUCAGACCAAAGGAAAUUUGAAAUUGAAAGCUGUGUUCUGGCACUGGAUUUACACGGCAGAAUUAGAGAAUGUAUCAGGAAUGCUGAUGAUUUUUGUUGGGUUUGGGGGUUUUUUUUUUAAGUUUCACUGUUGCCUUCCAAACUGCUUUCCUAUUUUUAAUGUACACUUUUAUCUGUCUACAGCCCAGGCCAAAGCAACUCUACUACACUGACCUAGUUUACUGUUUCCCAACUCAUCCGUCCAGUGUAAUGUUUCAUUUCUUGGAAAUAAAUCUCUGUACAACUUUUGAA